CUGGAAUCUGGAGACUCCUUCACCAUCAAUCUAUCAGUGAUCAGCUUAGCCGUUUCCUUGUAAAACUGAAAAACUGAGAAACUUGGAAGGUGAGAAAUGGCAUGUUUACAUGAUCAUAGCUGUGAAGAUCACGAUUGCUCAUCUAAUUGGUCUCUCUACAAGCACAUAGACCUCCCUCAGGUAUCUGCUUUAAACGAAGCUGUUCAUGGAAGUGUUAAGUCAGUUUUUAAAGCUUGGGAGCAACGCCUGGACUCUUCUGGGGAAUACUUGGAGAGUAAUGAGGGUGAUCCAGAGUUACUUGUAUACAUUCCGUUUACAUCUGAUGUCAAGAUAAAGAGCAUUUCAAUUGUUGGUGGGACUGAUGGGACGAGUCCUUCAAAGAUGAGAGUGUUCACCAAUCGAGAUGGCAUUGACUUCUCAGAUGUCCAAAGUAUGCAAGCUGUUCAGGAGUGGGAUUUGGUUGAAAAUUUUCAAGGAGUUUUAGAAUACCAAACAAGAUAUGCCAAAUUUCAAAGUGUGGCAAGUAUCACAUUGCAUUUCCCUGAUAAUUUCGGUGGAGACACAAGUCGGAUACAUUAUAUUGGCUUUAAAGGUGAAGCCACCCAGUUGAAGAGGGAUGUUGUUGCAACAAUAGUUUAUGAACUUAUGCCCAAUCCUUCAGACCACAAGACAAAGGCGGAAACGGGUGGAGGUUUUUCACAGGUGGAAUGAGAAGCAAGUGAUUUAGGAUGAUUCUUCACUAGGAUUGGAUCAAACCUUUUGUACAUUGAUAGUGUUUCAAACCCCUUAUUCCCCUCCUCUCCUUUUCCCCUGUUCUCGUAAUGCACAUUUUGAUCUGAUUGGGCGAUCAAAUCUAGCAGUACAUUCUCUUUUGCAUCAGCUACUGUGGUGCUUGGUUAAUGUUGAAUUGUUUUACCUACUUAUUGACAAGGAUCACGUUUCCGCAUCAGAAUUAUUUUAUUUUUGUUUU